UGGUCUGCGGUUCGCUGGCAGAGAGAUGCAUUGACACUAUGCAAAGGGGGGUGGAUUGCAGUGCACUGGCAGCGUGACUGGCCAACAGGAGACUGCUUCCCCCAAGUUUGCUUCGCUCUGCAACUGGUAGAGAGGUGAUGUAAGCAGAGCUAAGCCGGACCCACUAGAAGGCUUUCAGACUGGGGUGGACAGUUAUACAUGGGAAUGAAGGGGGAGGAAAAAAGCCCCUCAGGUGUUUUACACAUUGGGAGAAAUCACAGCCCAACUGAGCUAGGCUGGAACUGCAAGCCAGUCCCUCUGCACCGGGAGACCUAGAACUGCAGACGGCCCUGAAGCAGCUUUGGUUAGCAGAUCCGCUCUGCUCCGCUCACACUUCUCCUCACCUCCCCGAGUUUAGAAACGUGUGCAUGGGUGUGAGAUUUCCCCCUGUCAAAAUAUCUUCCUUCUCUGUGAGCACCACAUUCAAACGCCUGCUAAAGCAGCAGCAGCAUCUCACAAUCCGGGAGACUGAAGGCUGGGAGAGCUCUCCUGCAUUUGCUUUGUUUCUCUUUUGUCAUCCGGAUUUAAUUGAUGGACCAGAGCACUGCUGAAGCCAAAGGGGGGGAAGAUCUAGUUUCCUAACCGAAGGGAAAGGAAGCGUGUGCAUUGAGGUCUUUGCCACAGGCUGGAUAGGUUCAGGAUGGAUCCUCUCUUUCCUGCUCAUAUUUUGGAAGACCCUGAUCUGAGGAAACUGCUGAACGACUCCUCAAUCCUGAACCUGAGUUUCCCCAGUAACUGGUUUAACAACGGCACAGGGGACAGCUUCCUGCCACUGGGCAUCAAGAUCACCAUCGUGGUCGUCUACUCCAUCGUGUGCAUAGUGGGGCUGGUGGGCAACUGCUCGGUCAUGUAUGUUAUUGUCAGAUUCACCAAGAUGAAGACAGCCACAAACAUUUACAUCUUCAAUCUCGCCCUGGCCGAUACCCUGUGUCUGAUAACCUUACCCUUCCAGGGUACGGACACGUUCCUAGGGUUCUGGCCAUUUGGAAACAUCCUCUGCAAGAUCGCCAUCUCCAUUGAUUACUACAACAUGUUCACCAGCACUUUCACCCUGACCAUGAUGAGCGUGGAUCGUUACAUCGCCAUCUGUCACCCCAUCAAAGCGCUGGAUAUCCGUACCCCCCACAAGGCCAAAGUGGUCAACAUCUGCAUCUGGGCCCUGGCUUCAGUCUUCGGUAUCCCAGCUAUGGUGAUGGGGUCAGCAGAGAAUGAAAAUAAUGAGAUUGAUUGUCUAAUUAAGCUCCCUAAACCUGUGGAUUACUGGGAUCCAAUAUUUGGGAUUUGUGUCUUUCUCUUCUCCUUCAUGAUCCCUGUGUUGAUCAUCACCAUUUGCUACAGCCUUAUGAUCCGGCGUCUUAAGAAUGUCCGCGUCCUCUCAGGCUCCAAGGAGAAGGAUCGGAAUCUGCGGCGCAUCACUCGAAUGGUCCUGGUGGUGGUUGCUGUCUUCAUUAUUUGUUGGACCCCCAUUCAGAUUUUCGUGCUGGUCCAGUGCCUGGGUGCAAAGGCUGAAAGCGAGCUCGAGUUAGCCAUCUCAUGCUUCUGUACUGCACUGGGAUAUGCCAACAGCAGCUUGAACCCUGUUCUCUAUGCUUUCUUGGAUGAGAACUUCAAGACAUGCUUCAGAAAGUUCUGCUUCCCCACCGCCUUCAGAACAGAGCUCCAGAUGUCCAACAGGAUGUGCAGCAUCGCAAAAGAUGUGGUUUAUGCCUGCAAGAACUCAGAGGGGACUAACAAUCCAGCAUGACUAGGCAUGGAAAUUCCCAUGGUGGCUGUCAGCCAGCAGAGCCCAACGACCCCCACUUCAGAGCUAACUCAGAUAACAGCUCUUUAGCAGGAGCUUUCGGACCCAGAAUUGGAGACUGGAAACCUAGGGGGCAAAUAAAGGAACUGCAAGAGCAUGCAGAAAAGUGAGCCAUUUUGACACCUUUCUUAUUACACCACUCUCCCCGUUAAGUACUAUAUUUUAACUCAGCCCCCCCCUUAAGUCCUAGGAGCCACUAACGUCAUGCACAUUGCCUACAGUUAUAAAGAAUUCAGGAAUUAAAGAGUCAAACUCAGACUUUGCUCCUGAGGCUUAUUUUGCCAUUGCUGCUGGAAAGCAGACAAAAUGCUAAUAACUUUUCUUGGUUGAGUUAUUUCAGUGGCUCAUCAAAUAAUAUGGAUUACCGAGUGCUUGUGUGUGAAUUUUAGGCCAGUAGCAUCUCUCUGAAAUGAGGCUUCAUUGAUGCCAAAGCAAGGAACAGCGGCGAAACAAAACAAAGAUCAUUUCCAGAAUUACUUAUGACUGGGAUGGGUGGGGGGAAUUCAGACACUCCAGCCAGGAAAGAAAGAAGACUGGACAGCGUCACUGCAUGGCUGGAUAACUCAACUCAAAGCCACUUAAAGAGAAGUGGACAACUUCCAGUGAAGGAACAUACUAAAAUCAAACCGUGUGCCGCAGAGAUGGGCGGCAGGGCGGGAGGGGUGUGAAGGGAUUGUAAAAAAUGACAAACAAUAGCUUGGAAGGGGUAGAAGGCAAGACAAAUGAAACCAAUGUCAAUUCAGAGGAAAGAGCUGAAAUUGCUUUUUCUAUAUUUUCAUUAUAACAAUGGAUUGUACUUUGUGUGUGUGUGUGUGUGUGUGUGUGUGUAUGUGUGUUUGUGUAUGUAUAUAUACACACAUAUCUAUAUAGAUAUAUAAUUAAUAUUUCAACUUGCCAGACAUUUCUCAGAGGCAUUUCCCAAUGGAGUCAAGAUGAGGUUAAAUCAAUGGAGUGGCUUAAUAUGGAAAGACAUUUCAAGUUAGUUAUGAUGGCUGUCCUGAAGAAAGUACUGAUAUUUUAACAGCAAGGCAUCCGAAAACACUCCAAAUUCCUCUGGCAUCCUCCCUUCUGGUUCCUGUAAUAUGGACAAACAGUUCUACAAUCAGAUAAGCGUUGCCGACAGAAUUCUGGAGGAGGGAGCCUUUUCCUCCUCAAGUGCUCUGGGCUAGUGGGCACCCCCACACAGCUGUGCGUCGCUUUUAUGACACAGCAGACUUGUCACCUCAAGUGAAACCAUCUGCCCUGUUGUGUCAUUAAAACAUGAACGUGUUUAUGAAGAAUAAACCACUCAACCCUCCCUCCAUGAGAUGCCUCUGAAAAUCGAACCUUUUCUUUCUGUAGCACAAGAGACCAGGAGACUGGGAGCGGCAGAGAGUGGGAAAAAAAUGUUUCCUGACUGGCUGAAAGCAACAGGACUUUUAAAACCAGUUUGAGCUGGGGGCGGGAGGCUCCAACUGAAGGAGGCAGCAAUUCUUGCACUUCAUAGCGAUUGUACAGAUUUUCUUGUGCUCUGUUCUGCGAAAUGAUGUAUUUUUAAUGUGUUGAUAUGCUGACAUUUUAAUGCUGCACUGUUCUUUAUAUAUAUGCUGGAUGAGAACACAAUGUUAUAUUUCUGUGUAAAGUUUUUCUUUUUCGGCAAGGCUUGGAGAACCAUUACAAAUCCUAAAUCACACACCUAGGAACCAGACCACUUGUAAACUAUGCUAAAUUGAACAUGGUCUGGGAACCAGAAGGAGUCUCAAGCAUUUGUCAUGGGAUUUAAAGGGAUAUAGUAGAAAACUUUUUAAUUAAUAUUUUCUAUUAAGAAUUGAGGGGGGGGAAAGACAGGCCCAGUAAGUACUUUGCAAUGGAUAGUUACCCCCCAAACAAUUGCAACAGCAAUGAGGACUGAUAUGAUUACCCAUAGUAAAAGAUCAAGCAUGCAGAGAAGUAAUCAUUUGACACAUGCACACUUAUAUAUAUUAAAAGUUGGGUGGCAUUUUUUAAACAUAAAUGAUUUUGUUAUCUUAACCUAUGCUCAACAAUCCUACAGAAACAAUGUACUCGGUAAGCGUCUGCCUACUCAGCUUUUGGAUAAUUCGUGGCCUUUGCCGUGAGUGUGUUAUACAUUCUGAUUUAUGCUCAAUGGAAUUUGUUAUAAGAAGAGCAACUACAACAAAAAUAGAAGCUUUAUUGUACUGUGCCUCUGGAAGUAAAGAAUCAUGGCUGGCUGAAAUGCAAGCCCUUUAAUUAUCUUCUGAAAUUGUUGUGGUGGUAUAUUUGAGCUUAUGACUAUUGCAGUGUAAACGGCAAUUUCCUACAUGGUUACUUGUGCUUUAAUAAAGGAAAAUAAACUCCUGCACUUUUGAAUGA